GAUCUCGUCUUCUACUUUCAUAUCAAGCUCAGCUCCUCUUGCAACGUACAACCAUGUCUAAAAAAAAUAGGGGACUCCAAGGAAAGCUCCAAAAGCUUUCUUUGUCUGUGUUUAUUCACUCGAACUGCAUAAUUCAGAGCAGUCCCAAUCGAUACACUAGCUCCCAACAAUAAUUCAGAGCAGUCCUAAUCCAUAGACUAGUCUACUCCGCUUGUUCACCGCUUGUUCACCUUUCUCUUUUGCAUGCUGCUUCCUUUCCCAGCGAGCAGUAGACCCUCAGCAGUCUACGGCACCUUCGGUCUCUUCUACAUAAAAAACAAAUCAUCUAUCACCAGCAAUCAGCAACACCAUCCGGUAUUCCUCCGUUCCCUGCCCGACGGAGCUGCUUCCCUCCUUGCUGUGCUGUGCUUGUUCCAGAUUCUACUCCAUACGCCCUUGAUUUAUUUUACUUCGUAGAAAAAAGAAAAAAAAAGCUUCUUACUGAAUUUCAUGGCCGACUUGGCGCUCGCCGGCUUAAGGUGGGCAGCAUCGCCGAUUGUCAACGAGCUUCUUACUAAAGCUUCAGCUUACCUCAGUGUGGACAUGGUGCGUGAGAUCCAACGACUAGAAGCCACUGUCCUGCCACAGUUCGAGCUGGUGAUUCAAGCGGCCCAGAAGAGCCCCCACAGGGGCAUACUGGAGGCAUGGCUCCGGCGUCUCAAAGAAGCCUACUAUGAUGCCGAGGACUUGUUGGACGAGCAUGAGUACAAUGUCCUUGAGGGCAAGGCCAAGAGCGAAAAAAGUCUCCUGCUGGGAGAGCAUGGAAGCUCCUCCACUGCAACUACUGUCAUGAAGCCUUUUCAUGCUGCUAUGAGCAGGGCACGGAACUUGCUCCCUCAAAACAGAAGGCUAAUUAGCAAGAUGAACGAGCUCAAAGCAAUCCUGACAGAAGCCCAACAACUUCGAGAUCUUCUUGGUUUGCCACAUGGCAAUACCGUCGAGUGGCCAGCUGCAGCACCUACCAGUGUUCCCACAACCACAUCACUUCCCACUUCCAAGGUUUUUGGUCGCGACAGGGAUCGUGAUCGUAUAGUAGAUUUUCUUCUCGGCAAGACAACAACUGCUGAGGCAAGCUCAGCUAAGUACUCGGGUUUGGCCAUUGUUGGAUUGGGAGGAAUGGGGAAGUCCACCUUAGCACAGUAUGUCUAUAAUGACAAAAGGAUAGAAGAAUGCUUUGAUAUCAGGAUGUGGGUGUGCAUCUCACGCAAACUUGAUGUGCAUCGUCACACAAGGGAGAUUAUAGAGUCUGCAAAAAAGGGAGAGUGCCCACGUGUUGAUAAUCUCGAUACUCUCCAGUGCAAAUUACGUGAUAUACUACAAGAGUCACAGAAAUUCCUGCUUGUCUUGGAUGAUGUUUGGUUUGAAAAAUCUCAUAAUGAGACAGAGUGGGAGUUAUUCCUUGCUCCAUUAGUCUCUAAACAGUCAGGGAGCAAAGUUUUGGUGACUUCUCGAAGUAAAACACUUCCUGCCGCUAUUUGUUGUGAACAAGAACAUGUCAUUCAUUUGAAAAACAUGGAUGAUACUGAGUUUUUGGCUCUUUUUAAACACCAUGCUUUCUCUGGAGCAGAAAUCAAAGACCAAGUAUUACGCACGAAGCUGGAAGACACUGCAGUGGAGAUUGCUAAAAGGCUUGGACAAUGUCCUUUGGCAGCAAAAGUUCUGGGUUCUCGAUUGUGCAGGAAAAAGGAUAUUGCUGAAUGGAAAGCUGCUCUAAAGAUUGGAGAUUUAAGUGAUCCCUUCACAUCUCUGUUGUGGAGUUACGAGAAGUUAGAUCCACGUCUGCAGAGGUGCUUCUUGUAUUGCAGCUUGUUUCCAAAAGGUCAUAGAUAUGAAUCUAAUGAGUUGGUUCACCUUUGGGUGGCAGAAGGAUUUGUUGGUUCAUGCAAUUUGAGUAGGAGAACGUUAGAAGAGGUUGGGAUGGAUUACUUCAAUGAUAUGGUCUCUGUAUCUUUCUUCCAAUUGGUUUUUCAUAUCUAUUGUGAUUCGUACUAUGUCAUGCAUGAUAUCCUUCAUGAUUUUGCAGAGUCACUCUCUAGAGAAGACUGCUUUAGAUUAGAAGAUGAUAAUGUGACAGAAAUACCAUGCACUGUUCGACAUCUAUCUAUUCAUGUUCAUAGUAUGCAAAAGCAUAAGCAAAUUAUCUGCAAGCUACAUCAUUUACGCACUAUUAUCUGCAUCGAUCCGCUAAUGGAUGGCCCAAGUGAUAUUUUUGAUGGCAUGCUACGGAACCAAAGAAAACUGCGUGUAUUGUCUCUGUCAUUUUACAACAGCAAAAAUUUGCCAGAAUCUAUUGGUGAGCUGAAGCACCUCCGGUAUUUGAACCUCAUCAGGACGUUAGUUUCUGAAUUGCCUAGAUCAUUAUGUACUCUCUACCACUUACAAUUACUUUGGUUAAACCACAUGGUGGAGAAUUUGCCUGACAAACUAUGCAAUUUAAGAAAGCUACGACAUCUAGGAGCGUACUCAUCGUACACUCAUGAUUUCGUGAAUGAAAAGCCUAUUUGCCAAAUUCUGAAUAUAGGUAAGUUAACGUCGCUACAACACAUUUAUGUCUUUUCUGUACAGAAGAAGCAAGGUUAUGAGUUGCGACAGUUGAAGGACUUGAAUGAGCUUGGUGGCAGUUUAAGAGUGAAAAAUCUUGAGAAUGUCAUUGGAAAGGAUGAAGCCGUAGAGUCGAAGCUAUAUCUGAAAAGUCGCCUUAAAGAGUUGGCACUUGAGUGGAGUUCCAAUAAUAGAAUGGAUGCAAUGGAUAUUCUAGAAGGUCUGAGACCGCCACCCCAACUGAGUAAGCUCACAAUCGAAGGUUACAGAUCUGAUACAUAUCCUGGGUGGUUACUAGAGCGAUCCUAUUUUGAGAAUUUGGAAAGUUUUGAACUUAGUAAUUGCAGUUUGCUAGAAGGCCUACCACCAGAUACAGAGCUCCUUCGGAAUUGCUCUAUGUUGUGUAUAAACUUUGUUCCAAAUUUGAAGGAACUAUCUAAUCUUCCAGCAAGCCUUGCAUAUUUAUCAAUUGAUAGGUGCCCACUGCUUAUGUUUAUCACCAACAAUGAGCUAGGACAGCAUGACUUUAGGGAAAAUAUAAUAAUGAAGGCAGCCGACCUGGCAUCUAAACUUGCAUUGAUGUGGGAGGUGGAUUCAGGAAAAGAAUUUAUUAGGAGUGUACUGUCGAAAGACUAUUCAUCUCUGAAGCAGUUGAUGACAUUGAUGAUGGAUGAUGAUAUAUCAAAGCAUCUUCAAAUUAUUGAAAGUGGUCUGGAGGAAAGAGAAGAUAAAGUAUGGAUGAAAGAAAACAUCAUCAAGGCAUGGCUCUUUUGCCAUGAGCAGAGGAUAAGAUUCAUUUACGGAAGGACCAUGGAGAUGCCAUUGGUUCUACCGUCAGGACUCCGUAGACUUUCCCUUUCUUCAUGCAGUAUUACAGAUGAAGCUUUAGCUAUUUGCCUUGGUGGCCUCACUUCACCGAUAACUGUAGAAUUGGAAUAUAAUAUGGCAUUAACUACACUUCCAUCUGAAGAGGUGUUUGAGCAUUUGACAAAGCUUGACAGUUUGAUUGUAAGAGGUUGUUGGUGUCUCAAAUCACUGGGGGGCUUACGUGCUGCUCCAUCUCUUUCCUAUCUUAACUGUUUGGAUUGUCCUUCUUUAGAGCUAGCACGUGGAGCAGAACUAAUGCCAUUGAACCUUGCUCGCAAUCUCAGCAUCCGUGGCUGCAUUCUUGCAGUUGAUUCAUUCAUUAAUGGCUUGCCACACCUGAAACAUCUUUCCAUUGAUGUCUGCAGAAGCUCCCCAUCCUUAUCGAUUGGCCACCUGACCUCCCUUCAAUCAUUACAUCUAAAUGGUCUCCCUGAUCUUUACUUUGUUGAAGGCUUGUCUUCCCUGCACCUUAAGCGCCUAAGUUUAGUAGAUGUUGCAAACCUCACUGCCAAGUGCAUCUCACAGUUUCGUGUCCAGGAAUCGCUCACGGUUAGUAGCUCUGUAUUGCUCAACCACAUGCUAAUGGCUGAAGGGUUUACAGCCCCACCAAAUCUUACUCUUUUAGAUUGCAAGGAGCCGUCAGUUUCAUUUGAAGAACCUGCAAAUCUCUCAUCCGUCAAGCACCUGAAGUUUUCAUGUUGCGAAACAGAGUCCCUGCCUAGAAAUCUAAAAUCCGUCUCAAGUCUGGAGAGUCUUUCUAUAGAACAUUGCCCCAACAUAGCAUCUUUACCAGAUCUGCCGUCCUCCCUCCAGCGCAUAACUAUAUUGAAUUGCCCCGUCUUGAUGAAGAAUUGCCAAGAACCUGAUGGAGAAAGCUGGCCAAAGAUUUCGCACGUUCGUUGGAAGAGCUUUCUACCAAUACCGAACUGGCUUCCUUAGAGUUGCCACUUUGAAAUAAAUGAGAAGGCACCUUGACGUCACCCCUCUUCUCUUGAAGCUCCAGAGUUCAGGCUCAAGUCAGAAGCCAAUCCGUCGUUAAUUCUGCCGUCCCCGCGGUUCCCUGUUUUUGCCGCUUGUAUUGCUCCGCUAUUUCAGUUGCUAUAUCAUUCAUUCCUUGGUUGUGCACAAUUGCCAAUAUGUAUUUCUCUGACAGAAUGAAGUGAUAACUGUGGCUAGGGCUUUUGUUUUCAUGUGCACAAUUGCUAUAUCAUUCAUGUGGCAAUUAGUAUAAAUACUCCAGGCAAUGCAAUAGAGAAGAUAGUUCAUUUUCCUGCACUUGUGCUUGUGGAUGGUGUAGCAGAGAAGUUCACCAUGGAACCAGUUCCAGUAAUGUGUGUGCUACAGUCAAAAUAGGUCUUAAUUCUCUGCUACAUACAGUCAAAACGUGUCUGCUACAGUCCGAGUGUUUCUGGAGAUUCGUUGUUGGCGGAUGAUGAGCUACAUUUGUACAGUAUGGAUUGAGCUCGAGGACUUGUUCA